CAGCUGGAGCCCAGGAUGAGCUCGUCAGUCCCCGACAUCAGGAACAUGAGGCAGGAGGACGCUCACAUGUCCUCCAGGACGCAGCUCCAACCGUACAACUCUCCAAGCUACAGCAGCCCGUCUUCACCUGUCAUCAAGCCCGCCAGGAGCCCGGGAGGAGGCGGAGGGGGGGGGAGUGGCCUGAGGAGGGAGGGGGUAGAGGAGGGGGGAGUGGCCUGAGGAGGGAGGGGGUAGAGACUGCACAGACUGGGCUUCCUCUCAGGAGUCAUUUGUCUCUGAGGAGGAGAGGAGUGAGUCUACCUGCAGAGCGUCCCGGGACAUGGAGCCUGAGGAGCUGGGCCUGCCCGAGAUGAUGACCGUCUACAGCCCGGACCCUCCGUCAGCGGGGGUCUCAAAGGACAACUCACAGAACGAAGAUCUGAACGCCGCCGACAUCCAACAAGUCGAGGGGGGCAGUGAGACCCCCAGUGUGUCGGAGAACAGUGGGGAUCUGUCUCGCUCUUUCCUGCUCACCAUCAACCUUAAGGAAGGACGAAACCUGGUGAUCAGAGACCGCUGUGGAACCAGCGACCCGUAUGUGAAGUUCAAACUGGAGGGAAAAACCUUCUACAAGAGCAAAGUGGUUUAUAAAGACCUGAACCCCAUAUGGAACGAGACCUUCUCCUUACCUGUGAAGGACCUGAGCCAGAAACUUUAUGUCAAG